AUGUUAAUAUCUUUAAAUUCCAUCAUAUUUCUUAUUGUGCCAUUUAUAUGGGGUAUAAUAACAAACCCAUUUAUUAAGAAAGGAGCUAAAGGUUUAGAAAAUGUGAAAUCAUCUUCUAAAUUUGGUCAAUUUUUUGAAGAAUUUGCUUUUCUUAUUACAAAUUUAAAGUAUUUGGUACCAUUUAUUAUUAACCAAAGUGGUUCUAUAUUAUAUUUUUUAACUUUGAGUAAAACAGAUAUAUCAUUGGCAAUUCCAGUCACUAAUUCACUUACUUUUAUGGUAACUGCAAUAACUGGUUUAAUUUUGGGCGAAGAAAAAAUACAUAAAAAUACAUACAUUGGAAUGAUAUUAAUUUUGAUUGGAACAAUCCUUUGCUGUUGGGAUAAAAUAUAUAAUAUUGAACAAUUCUAAUUUUAUUUAGCAUUUCAUUUUAGAAUAUCAUAAUGUAGUAGGAAAUAAAAAUUUUCAUAUAUUUUACGAAGAACUUUAUUUAAUUCAAAAAUUAUAAUUUUAAUAAAUAUUCGUGAAUAUAUAGGUUAUAAAUUAUGGAGCAAUU